AAGACUUUCUGACAAUGGAAGCAAAUAUCAAUUUAAUAUAAUGUAUAUUUCCAAGAGAAAAUGGCAGAGGAAGAGAUGAUGAUGAGUCCUGAGGACGCGAGUAAACUCCCUUCCUUCCACGAUACCUUCUCCGGGUCCCCACAACUAGUGAAUACACCUCUACGCUUCAACGAUACUGGAGCAGUGUCUUCUCCCAGCUCUGAUAGUAGCCACGGUAUUCAAGAUUCCGGAAAUUAUUUUGGGAUGAACCUAUCUACUCCUAUGUCUGGGGUUUUAUAUACUAAACCGACACAUGUCUUUUCAACUCCGAUCUCUGGUGGACAGCAACUAAUCAGUUCCUUGACUGAUCUGAGUCCUAUCGGAGCAAAUGACUUUGGUCACGCAACCCAGGCAGCUGCUGGUAGUAUUCGGUUUCAAAAAUACUGGUCUGUUGAGAAUCCGGCUCAAAAGUAUUUAUCUGAGAACCGUCUUGGAUCAGAAAACAUGGAAACCAGCUCUUACGGAGCCCCGAGUCAGGAGGAUCUGACUAACCUGGUUUCAAUGAAUCCGAGCCUGUAUGAUGGAACCUACCAGGAGCAGUACACCGAACCUGUAGUAAGUGUUGACAUGUCACAGAACUACUUCUCCCACCAACAGAGUAUGAUGAUUAUGAAUAAGGAGGAAAGUUUUGGAUCUGGUCCUGAUCUCGCGUCUCCAUCAAACCCGGCGAAACCCCAUAAAGAGGUUCAUGUUGCGGUUAAAUCUGCUCCUAUACACCCGAAGAAAAGGAAAAGAGAAUAUCUGUGUAUGUUUUGUCCUCUGGAGAAUGGUGACCUAGGUUCCUCGAAGCUUCUGGUUGAGCACUUUAGAUCUCAUUUGAACAAUCUCCUGGAGGAUGAGAAGAAGCCGGACAGAAAGAAAAAGGAGAAAAAGAGUAAACACAGAUCAAAAUAAUUAUGCUGAAGUUUUUGUUUACGGUUUUCUAAAUACUAGUAUCUGUAUACUAGAGAAUAAAAGAAAAAUUAAAUAAAAAUUACAAUUGGGAAGAAA